CAUUUCCAUUUCUAUAUAUGUUGUGCAUGUUUUCUCAGAUACACUUCACAUUUAGCAAAAGAAAUUCUUUUUCCAACUUGGGUAUUUUAACUUUACUCCAUCUUCCUCCUCCUUCUUCUUCCUUUUUAGGAUCUGGGUUUUUUCACCCCAAUUUUUUAAGGUUAUAAAAAAAGAAAAUGGGGAGAGGUAGGGUUCAGUUGAAGAGGAUUGAGAACAAGAUCAACAGGCAAGUUACUUUCUCCAAAAGGAGAGCUGGGUUGUUGAAGAAAGCUCAUGAGAUCUCCAUCUUGUGUGAUGCUGAGGUCGCUUUGAUUGUCUUCUCCCACAAAGGGAAGCUCUUUGAAUACUCCACUGAUUCCUGCAUGGAGAAGAUCCUUGAACGCUAUGAAAGGUAUUCUUAUGCUGAGAGACAACUUGUUGCUACUGAGCCUGAAUCUCAGGGAAACUGGUCCAUGGACUAUAAUAGACUUAAAGCUAAGGUUGAGCUCUUGCAGAGAAAUCACAGGCAUUACAUGGGAGAAGAAUUAGAGUCAUUGAGUCUCAAGGAGCUGCAGAAUUUGGAGCAGCAGCUUGAUACUGCUCUUAAACUUAUUCGUUCAAAAAAAAACCAACUCAUGUAUGAGUCAAUAUCAGAGCUUCAGAGAAAGGAGAAGGCAAUACAGGAGCAAAACACCAUGCUAGCAAAGCAGAUCAAAGAGAGGGAGAAGACAGUGGCGCAGCAACAGCAGCAGCAGCCGCAAUGGGGGCAGCAAGACCAUGGCCUCAACACAUCAUCCUUUCUGCUGCCACAGCCUCCUCCCUGUUUGAAUAUCGGUGGCACAUACCAGGAAGAAGCAACAGAAAUGAGGAGGAAUGAACUAGACCUUACUCUGGAACCUAUUUACUCAUGCCAUUUGGGAUGCUUUGCUGCAUGAAAAUGGGUACAAUUAAUUUAACUAUGCUUUUGGUUAUAUGUCAAUAUGGACAUAGAUCCAUGCACUAUGGUUCUUUUCUUCAAAAAAGAAAACAGCAUGAGAAAGGAUAAAUUGUUGGGAACUCAUGCCUUUUGUCUGCUUUGUCUUGACAUACAUAUAUAUGUGUAUCGAUGUCGAUGAUUAGUGUAUUACUGGAUCUUGUAUUUCACUCGUGAUUAACUGUCAGUUGCUGCCUUUGAA